CGCUCUGCUCCGGGUCACUCACUCAGCGCUGAAUGGGCUCAACAUGGCGGACACUCUCGAACCCACUCCGGCUCUUACUCUCUCCCUGUCCCGCUGCAGGAGCAGUGUGUUAUAAAGUUCCCGGGGGAGUGUGUCUGCGAACACAGGCGUCAGAUGAGAGAGCGUGAAGCGCUGAAGAUGAACGGCGCGCGCGCAGGUGCAGGGGUCCCGAGUCCUUCAUCCCCGUCCCGGCCCUCAGAGCACGUGCUGAACUCUGGUGCGGUCGUGUUCCCCGGUGUGUUUGACCAGCACGGCUGUCCUCUGGUCCUGUUCCCCGCUGAGGCGCAGUGUAAACUCACUGAGGAGCUGAGCAGAGAGGAGGUGUCACACUUCAUUCACUACUGUCUGCGCCUGCACAGUAUCCGGGGUGAGGGUGGCCUGCUGUCUGUGGCCGUUGAUCUGAGACGAGCUGAUCUCCCCAUCACUCGCUUCAUCACGGAGACUCUUCUGCUGCUGGAGUGUGACCGGAGGAUCAUCCACUCUGUGUACAUCGUUCAGCCCAAGAAGAGAGAAGUGCAGAAGCAGCUGGUGAAACUGCUGAGCUCCAGCGCGUCCAAGCAGCGCCGGCCCGUCCUCUUCAGACACAUUUUCCUCAAAGAGGUGUUCGAGCUUUCCAACUACAUCGACAGAAGCCAGUUACCGUCCAGUUUGGGUGGAUACCUCAUAUACUGCCAUCAGAGCUGGGCGGCCUUCGUCAAGGUGAUGGAUGUGUUUGUGCAGCAGUUCCUGCUGGUGGUGAAGAGACUGCCCUCCUGCAUCUCCACUCUUCAGGCGCUCUCCAAGCUCCCCGUUCCUGAUGACCUCCAGCGGCUGCGGGACUUCUGCUCGCUGAACCAGGCCCGUUUCCAGCAGCUGAGGAGGGAUCUUGGUUUAGAUGACCUGUUGAAGCACUGUGAGUGUUUGCUGGAGAAGCUGCGUUUCCCGGAGAACGAUCCCUGCUUUCAGGCCAUGGCUGGAACGGUCCUCUACACACACACCGCUCUGGAGAUGCUGCGCAACUACAACCGGAUCAGGUCAGCGGUGCAGAAGGUGGAGCUGCUGUGGACUCAGGUGUUCUCCAGAGCUCAGGUCCAGCUACAGAUGCUGCGUCUGCAGAGAGAGGCUCGACAGAUCCAGGAGCAGAUGGUGGCGCUGUACCGGCAGAAGCUGCAGGCGUACAGGACUGAAGUGGCUGAAGACACACACACGGCUGAGGAGCUGCUGCUGCAGUUUGAGGCGUCCGUCUACACUCAUGCCAUGGCGCUGGUCCGGCGCGCGGAGGACGUCAUGCACACGCUGGCGGAGACGGUCCCCGAGGCCGAGCGGACGCCUGCGCUGCCGUGGCUGCAGGACCUGGAGCGGCUGAAGCAGAACCUGUGCUCUGCGGUCCGGCGUCUGGACCAGACCCUGAGGAGCGCCGCCGACUUCCAUCACGCCCGCGACCGAUGCAAGAGCUGGUGUGAGCGAGUGCUGGGCGAGAGCCUCCUGCAGGAGCUGCUGUGGAGUGAGCACUGCGGGGGUCCGGCCGAGGGCGGCUCGCGGAGACCGGGAGUCCAGGCCUUCCUCAGGAGAGACCCCGGCCCAGAGGAGGAGGAGCUGGUGACGCUGGCACGCCUCGCCCACAGCAUGAGCGAGCCCAGCCUUCAGCAGGCCGGCUCUCAGCUCUCGCACAGAUGCAUGACCCUGAGGAGACUCUUGACCUCCACGGGUGCGGUUCCCCUUCAUGACCUUCACCUCGCCCUCCAGUGGCAGUACGAGUACCUGAAGGGUCACCACAAGAGCUCUGACAUCACUUCCCCCGAGGACCAGCAGCACACCUGCAGUCUGGCUGCAGACUCGGCCCUCGCCCGGCCGGCGCUCGUGGUGUCCCCCUGCGAGGGCGUGUGUGGUGUGUCCCGCUGGCCCUCUGUGGAGGCCUCGCCAGCCGCAGCCAAGCCGCCCUCGCUCAGCUCCUUCGACUCCGGCUUUGACGGGGCAGGGAACACUCAUCCGCAUCACCGGAGCAGGAGGGAGAAUCUCCCGAGGUUUCUGGGAAACGGAGACUCCGCGUUCAAGUCGAAGCAGAUUCACGAGGACAUUGUGAGCGUGUCUGACUCCGAGGAGCAGCCUGAGGAACGAGGGUUCGGGUUACAGCGGGCCAGUAUUCAGAUCGUCCCCAAAAUAACCUCCGACUCUGUGAACCUGGAGAUCAAAGUGAAGCGCUCGUCCACGCUUCCCAGAAACCCCUGGCUGAGCCUCCCGAUAGAUGACCUGGAGAGCUCCUAUACGGUGACCAUUACGCCCGGCUCCUCCCUCCCGCGGAGCCCCAGUCCCUCGGGCCGGCCGCAGGACCAGCCGACGCAGACACACCUGACGCAGACGCACCCGAGCUUCGAGGAGUCGGAGCUGAAUCCCGUGGGAAAUGUCCUGUCCAGCACCCUAACGGACAGUGAGGAGAAGCCCAGCUGCACUGUGGAUGGGGAUCCUUCUCUCCUGUGGGACUCCUUCGACCUGCACAACCUCAGACGGGACUCUUUUGAGCGGUUGGACGUGUCUCUGGGCGACUGGGCUCAGAGAGAGCAGCAAGAGCUGAAGGAGGUGGAGACGACGUUAGAGCGAACCGCUGAGAUCUUACAGGAGGAAGAGGAUGUGCUUGCUCAGGAGGUGGUCCUGGAUGAGCUGUUGCGGUCCGAGGAUCUGCACAAACACUGGCCCGUGUGGACUGAAGCACGCCAGCACAGUACGAUGUCCCCACAAGAUCUGGCGGAGUCUGGCGUGAUCGGAUUGGAUGAUGUCCUUCAGAGUGAACCCUCUUCCUCAGGCUCUGAGACUCUGAAAACUAGUGAAAGCGACUCUGACGCCCCGGGAUUAGGCGAUGAAAGUCCAUCGAGUGAAAGGCCUGUGCAGCUGGACACGAGAUGUCCUGAGGUGGACAGAAGUGGGAUCCUUCGAGAGCUUAGAGAUCUUCAAGUUCUUGAUGAGCAAAUAAUGGAGGAGCAGUUGAAACUGGAAGCGCAGCGCUGCACUGAGACUGAGCCGCUUCAGGCGGAGCAACGGACGCUGGGUCAUGUGACCACACGCAGCUCCUAUAGGGAGAGGAGGCUGUUCCUGGCACAGCUGGAGGAGGAGAGACGGGAGGUGGAGAAGAUGGAGAGAAGCUUGAGCAGAGAGAUGAACAAGAACAAGGUGAGGACAAGCUCAAGCAAAGGCUGUAGAGUUGUCAAGUGUUCGGUCAUGGAGAGGAACUCGAAGCUGAAAGAUCUGGACGGCGAGCUGUUGAGGAACUGCAGGCCCGAAUCUACCCGUCAAACACAGUGUGCCAGUCCAUCGCCUCCAGAUCGAGCCGAAGAUGCCAGUCUCUCAGAUGCGAGCUUGACUCAAGAUCGAGCUGAAGAUGCCAGUCUCUCAGACGCGAGCUUGACUCCAGAUCGAGCUGAAGAUGCCAGUCUCUCAGACGCGAGCUUGACUCCAGAUCGAGCUGAAGAUGCCAGUCUCUCAGACGCGAGCUUGACUCCAGAUCGAGCUGAAGAUGCCAGUCUCUCAGACGCGAGCUUGACUCCAGAUCGAGCUGAAGAUGCCAGUCUCUCAGACUCCAGCUUGACUCCAGAGCCUUUGAGUUCAACAAGCGGGUCUGUUCCUAACACGAGCUUGAGUGAGAUUGGGAUCGGAGGUCCUGCAGCUCCUGACUCCGCUCCCGGCUCAGAAUCCCUUCAGGAAGCCCCGUCUUGUCAAGGAGAGCCUUUUGUAUGGAGCAGUUUUUCUACUCCCGUUCAGAAACUGGAAGCUAUGGAUGCCACUGAAGGCCCCAGCGGCCAUCCUGAGCAUCCCGAGGGUGAGACGUCUUCCUGCGCCUGCACAGACGGUGGUGAUUCUGCUGCGGAUCAAGCUGAGCUGGAGGCUAGUGCUAGUGAAGAUGAGAUGGAGGCUAGUGAAGCGCAGCUAGAGGUUAGUGAAGCUCAGCUGGAGGCUAGUGCUAGUGAAGAUGAGCUGGAGGCUAGUGAUAGUGAAGAUGAGCUGGAGGCUAGUGCUAGUGAAGAUGAGCUGGAGGCUAGUGCUAGUGAAGAUGAGCUGGAGGCUAGUGCUAGUGAAGAUGAGCUGGAGGCUAGUGCUAGUGAAGAUGAGCUGGAGGCUAGUGCUAGUGAAGAUGAGCUGGAGGCUAGUGCUAGUGAAGAUGAGCUGGAGGCUAGUGCUAGUGAAGAUGAGCUGGAGGCUAGUGCUAGUGAAGAUGAGCUGGAGGCUAGUGAAGCGCAGCUGGAGGCUAGUGCUAGUGAGGCUGAGCUGGAGGCUAGUGCUACGCCCUUGACCCAGAACAGCGGUGCGGUGCGAGAUGCGUUUGAUCCCGGCGGCGUCCUGGUCGCUCCUGUGGCUGCACCGCGGAGGCCCGUUCCUCUCGACGGCCGCUCUGAGAGACCGCCGUCAGCCUCUGAACACACAGGGACUGGAGCACCGGUGGAGUCAGCCGCUCCCUCAGCGCCCGACGCCUGCGCACAGAGCACAUCUCAAGGCCUGCACAUGCAGAACAACAACAACAACACCGCAGUGCUGCGCCGCGGAGAGACCUCGCGCUCCUCCGCGGCGAUCCCAGAGACGCAGGCGCUGACCAGCCCGCAGGAGGACGCCGUGGCCAGGCCGUGUGAGGGUGUGCCCCGUGCCGGUGGAGGCUCCACGAGAGCGGCCUGCAGAUCUGCACUCCACCAGCUCGACACCUACAGACAGGUGCGCACCAGGGCCGGUGAGGGGAGCACUCUCGUUGGGUUAGAGUAG